UUCGCGGCCACCAUCCCGUCCUGAUUAUUGUAGCCUUGUAGGGGCUUGUUGCAGUUGUAAAUGAGGACCAGCCAGCGUUCCUAGUUUUCAAGUUAGUUAGUUUGUUAGCAACCAAUUCCAGAUCAUGGUACUUUCCAGUAGUGGUAAUACUGAGACAAACGUUCCUAACCAGUAAACGGCACGGUGUUGUCAGUGCUGCAGAAGUAAUAAGUAACUAGUUACCGGUAGCGGCGGUACUCGAUACGUUACAGAGUACUGCACUCACCACCUGGGGAAAGGCAUUUUGACCAGAACAGAAGUGCAUUUACACUCAUUGUCCGGAUUCCGCCACGACCCAUUCUACAUUUUAGAUCGCUACUUCCUCGCACCCGUAGUGUUGUUCGCUAAGCUUGAAUUGAGUCAGCUAGCGUUCAGCAGUCAUGGAUCUGCGAACACGCAGCAGCGCCGCUAGUAGUAGACGGGCAGAUGCUGACAGUGCAGCGGAUGCGGGCCGGACCUCUUCUUCCCGUGUGGACGACACGAGACGAUCGAGCUCCCAUCAGCCCCGAGCUGGAAGAGACUGCUCAAAACCCUGGUUUUGUUGCUUGCUACUAGCAAUGGUCAUCAUGCUCCUAGUCGUGUACACAGUGUGCAUCAGCGUAUUCUCCGACUUCCAGCUGUACCCGAUUGAUGCCAGCUUACCAGACGCACCACCACUGACGGGCACACUGUCUCCAAACUUUGCGGAGUCUAUCGCCGACGCUGAGCUUCUCUUUGCCGACGUUUUGAACGGGGCUGAGUGUUUGGAGUGGGAUGAAAUGGGUACACUGUACACAGGAACAGUGAAUGGAGAGAUCUGGCAGUUGUCCUCUGGCCAGGGGCAGAAACCAUCAUUAGUCGCCAGUACUGGAUCAAUAAUGUGUGACUCGACCUUGGAGCGACCCAAGCGCGAGUGUGGACGUCCACUGGGUGUACGUGUCACGUCGCAUGAUUCACUGCUUGUUGCCGACGGGUUUGGAGGUCUGCUGAAUGUCUCCCUGAGCGACGGCACUGUGAGAGUUCUAAUCCGUAACGAGAAGUCUGAGCUCGUCAGCGGUAAGCCAUUGCUACUUGCAAAUGAUCUGGUGGUGGCACCGGAUGGCAUGGUGUACAUUACCGACUCGUCGUCCAAAUUUGGCAAUGACAAGCUGCUGUAUGACUUAGUGGAGGGUGCGCCCAACGGCAGAGUCGUACGCUAUGAUCCCGUGACAGGUGUUGCGAAUACGUUUGUGGACAAGCUUCACUUUCCGAACGGCAUUGAGCUGAGCCAGGAUGGUCAGAGUAUCCUGGUUGUGGAGACCACCAAAGCAAGAGUUAUCAGGAUCUUCAUCUCCGGAGAGCGCACUGGCCAGUCGGAGGUGAUGCUUCCAGCGACGCCGGGUUUCCCCGACAACAUCCGUCGCCAUCCCAACGGUGGUUACCUGAUUGGCAUGUCAGGUGCACGCACUGCACUGGUCACAUUCUUGGAAAACAAGCCCUGGAUCAGAAAGUUCUUAGUCAGUAUCAUGCCCUACAAAGUGUUGUUGAGCCUGAGCAAGCCCUACAGUCUGUGUGUCCACGUGUCUGAGAGCGGCGACUACCUAUCCAGCUGGCAUGAUGCCACUGCCAGCAAGCUGGGACACACAGCGCACUGUGCAGUGCAUGACGGCCACCUCUACGUGGGCUCCUUCGAGAAGCGGGGCAUAGCCAAGCUCAAGCUGAGGGUGUGAAAACACCGAGCGGUUAUACGGUUAAGUACCGUUGACCCCCCCCCCCCCCCCCCUGCCCCUCACGCCGUGCCGCUUCCCAGCUGGUUUUCGACAGGGGGCGGGAAUUAACAUUAGAUCAAGUCGCUCAAGUGCAGUACGAUGUACAAUCGGCACUUUGGCGGUCCGAGCAUUGACAAAAUAGUACUUAAAAUUGUAUUCGACUUGAAAAGUAAUGGUAGGAAAGGCCUAGUCGAAACUAUAAUUAUGGUAUCUGUGUUUCGUGUGCUGAUUUGCUUUUCUCCAACCAAGAAUCUAUUCUUUUAUUUAUUUUAAAUCGAGGUUUCUGGUUUGGUUUCUCAGACUUUCUCUAAUGAAAUUACAGUAAUUUGACCUACACUGAAAACGACGCAUUGUACAGUA